AUGGCAGCGUUGGUACAGACAAUCCCGCAACAAAGUGGCACGGUCUCUGUGCUUCAGACUCGUCCCUCUUCUUCCUCGGGCGCCUUUACUCCUUCUCAGUCAUCACAACAGCAGAACUCGCGAAAUUCAACCAUGUCUUGGAAUUCUUACAAUACAGUCGGUGGUUCGGGGAGUUACAGGGUUGGCCACCAGGUCGUGGCACCCUAUGCUUUCACUAGCACUCCCAAUCUCUCCAGUUCGACCAACAUGUCAAAUCGGCAGUCAUGGUCCCCUCACUUGAGGCCGGAGCAUCGAACGUCCUCUGCUCCGUCGGCUCCUCAAGUGUCCCCAAGUCCUGCACACCCGGGAGUCAACUCGCGUUUUGCCAAUCAUCCUGCAGCUGGUUCUGUAUCAACAUCCUCUUCCAACUCUUCCGUCCAAUCCUACAUGUCGAAAGACGACACCGCUAUCCCGUCGAGACAACCGCGUAGCGGCGAACCCCCUCUCCGUCCUUUAUCCACCAUUAACCUCUCUUCCCCCCCCUCUCCCAACUUUAUGAACAUUUCCUCUCCGACUGUUGCCCGCCCAUCGCCUGAUCGCUAUCGUCGCGGUACUCGUCGACCGGAUGGUGCCGGGGCUUCGCAGCCCGCCGCUAACCCAGUCAACGCACCUGGAUCUGGCCGUCUUGCGCCGACGACGGACGACCACCUUUCACAAUCGAACACUGCGUCAGGGUCUAAGGGACCGGCACAAGAUACGUCUCGUAAACCUGGCCACAACAGGGUGCCCAGUGCCGAUGAUUCGUCGCGGACAGAAAAACAGCCAGAGUUGGCGAAGAGAUACAGGCGACGAAGCUGGGGCAAUAUUGAUAAUGCUGGUCUCAUUAAUCUACAACUUCAUCUGCCCUCAUCGUCACCAAUCCCAACAACAGGCGGCCACGAUUAUUUCGAUCCAAGCCACCGGCCAAAUUCGGCGCAGUCCAACAGAGACGCUUCGGGAAGCAACCAUUCCCCCAAUUCGUCAACCUCUUCUGUAAGAGCAAAGCGACAUGGUGUCGGGAUUAUAUACCAUCAGUUGGCUAACAUUAACCAGGUUCGUGAUACGGCACAUACGGAGUCUGCGUCGUCGUCUACCAAAGUUGUUGCUAAACCGGAAGAUACUAAACGAACUACAAAACCCUCACCGUUGUCGCAACCUGUUACUCAAGAUCCCACCCCUGGGAGUGCGACAACGGCACAACCGGAGUCUAAAGGGAAACAGGUUCCAACGGAGAGUCUUGCAACACAACGGCUGGCUGAUAUUACAAACAAUGAUUUCAAGAGACCCGGUAAAUCCCGGUUGAGAAGGGCUUUCUCGUUCGGAAGCGCAUCAGAACUUCUCAAGGCAUCUGCUGCUCAAAGUAGCGCGAACAAGAGGGAGGCUAUUGCUGCAGAGAAAACUCGGAGGGAACUGCUAAAGCAGGAACUGGGCCCGGAGCAGGCCGCUAUUGCUGAGCAACAAGAAGCCAGUGGCCUUGGCGAGAGUAUCUACUCCCACCACCAAGGCCGCUUCUUUAACAGCUCUACAGACAAUUUGUCUGUCUCUUCUACAGCAUCAUCCGCUUCGAUCAUGCUCCGGAAGAUGGGUAAGGGGAUGAAACGGUCGACGAGGUCCCUCGUUGGAUUAUUCCGCCCCAAGUCAAUUGUGAGCACGGCAUCCAAUGACGGCGUUAUCGUCGAACCGAUGGCACCUCAAUUGUCCGUGGUCAACGUCGAAGCGGACCGGAAAGGCGUAGCUGCGAAUCCGGACCCGCAAGAUGUCCCUCGUGGCGGGACAUUGUUUCCCAAGGUGGAACCUAAAUCCCAAAGUCCCUCGGCUGCCGAAGAUAGCGCUGCAGAUAAUUCUCAAAUGCGUAAGAGCAUUGUGGGAGGUGACAGGGAGCGGGCGGAGGUUCUAGCUGCAGUAAGGAAGGGUAUCCUCAAAAAAACCUCCGAAGCAGCAAAUUCCACACCGAAUAAGCAGGCCGAGCGUCACUUGACUACGAACCGGAGCGAUUCACCUCAUUCCAGUGCUCCCAGUACUCCUGAGGACCAAACACGGUCCGACAACCGACGUUCUGACGCAGUCCGGAUCGCUGGUGAGGAUGAUUUUCUACCAGACGGGAGGUUCCUUGAUUCCAAGGGAGCUUCCAUUACACCAGCGGCUCCUAAAAGUCUCGUCUUCAGUCCCCGCAUCCAGUUCCAUGAUACUUGGCCGAGCGGCGAGUAUGAUCGUCGUGGUGACAUCGCCACCUGCAAUCGACUGACCCCUCUCCUUGCCCAACAGAUCAAAGAGGAGCUGAACAAUUUCAAGAUGGAGAUGGAAGUUCACGAGACCUCGAAGAUUUAUACCCACUUCCUCUAA